AUGUCCCCGUCGUGUGGGAUUCUUGAAAUUCCCACCCUAGCUAAACUGACGUGGGAGCUUUACAACCAAUGCCAUCCUCUGGCUAAGGAUGCCCCUGAUGGAUUUCGAAAUUUAGUCAACGACUUGGGCUUAUUACAAGGGAACCUUCGAACGCUCAGUGAAGAUGUCAGUUCCAUCGCGUUUUUCUUCGAGGAGAUGGGGUCUGGUAGAGAAAAGACGCUAGAGCGAUGCCUAGACGCGUGUCAACAGACCCUUCAACGACUCAAAUCACUCCUCGGGCGCUACCGUGAGCUGGGUAUCGGGGAAGGAAAAUCAUUUUGGCAAAGAAUUAAGUGGACAACACAACGGGCCCAAGUUGAAGACAUUCGUUCCAAGAUCAUUGUUCAUACAUGCAACGUGAGCUUAUGUAUGAGCUCCAUAGGAGAUGCAUCUCUUGAUCGGUUAGAACAGACAAUAGUGCAGGCUAUGGAAGAUGACGAACAUGCCAUGCUUGCUUUUGAAGCUUCUAGUGGCCGUGACUCCGAAUCUCCGAUUUGGCCUCGAGGUACCAGACGUAGCUUGUCUGGUGAGAAUGAAGACACAGGUGAUAUCGAUAUCAUCUUUCCAGAUCGCCUUCACGUUGCCCCUCUACGCCAAGUGAAGCAGGGGCAUGGCCGUCCCAGGCAUAUGUCUACCUCCUCCGAAUCCGUCAGGUCGGGAUCUGACGGGUCAUUUUCUGGAGGCACUGCACGUACUUCUCCCACGUCGAUCCAUACAACCUGCUCCUACUCUCAAAGCCUCGCGGGGAGAAUCAGUCAUUCUCGAACUCGAAGCGAACAGCCUCACGAAGGGUUCAAUGAAGGUCGUGCGCACGAAAAGAUAUUCUGGGAGGACAGCUCCGACAUCCAGGACAAGAACAGCAUUUUGGAUAGAAGCAGCGAGUCAUCGCAUACUGAAUUUGGGCACAACAAUGUGCUAGAAGCGGUUGCAAGUGCAAUGCAACAUCUACGCCAAGUUCGACUGCAGGAACAACUUGCCCGACCGAUACGAUACGAGCCUCAGAGCACUCUGCACAAGCCAGAUGCGGAAACAAUCAAGCUAUUCGAGGCUUCCAUGAAUGAAGAACUCCAGGUCAGGCGUCUCAUCACCAGGGACUGGCUACGAGUAGCCACUUGGUGGUUGCUUAAAGCACGUGCGACUCUCGCCAAUUGCAGCAGACAUAGCUAUGUCAGCGCCAGAGGAAGUUUAUGCCCUUCAUCAGACUCCAGGUCUAUGUCUCCCCAAGCCUAUGUCGAUCUCUUGAAAUCCUCUUAUAUACUCUACGAUAUUGUUCUCAAGGACAAAAAUGGCCCCGCUCAUUUCACCGAUGAAAAUCGAAAGUCUAUUGCAGAACUCUCAGAGGGAAUGAAUGAUGAGCUAUCUCAAUACAGUACUCUCGAUAUACCCGAUGCCGAAAUUCUACGCUCGCAAAAUCUUGUAAUCUGGGAGCCACUCCAGCCAGAGGAGACUUCGGAUAGUGGUUUGGAGUUUUCAUUUGGGCUUGAGAAUGCUCGAUGGAUAUCCGUUAACCAGGAAGAUGCCGGUAACGAAGAGGAAAAGGUUCUUUAUCGCACAUUCGUCAACGCGGGCAUUGGGGGCAAAAAGUUUCGAAUGCGCACGAAAAAUGCACCUUACAUGCUUUUGCUCGCAACGCGAGAAGGCGAGAGCGAGCCUAAGAUUAUUCUGUGUAACCAGAGUGGCUCUCUUUGCCUUCAGAGAGACCUCACGCCCGAUGAUCUUCCCCCGAUGAUCCAGCUCGCGAACUCCACAGCUACUGGCUUUCCUGGUGCACGCAUUUCAGAACCGCUGCCAUUUAAAUUCGAAAACAUGAGCAUUUCGAUCUCCUUCCAGUUUUAUGCCGACCUGAAUCAAUUCAUCAACAUUCCCAAGACUUAUUUUGACGCCGUGUGGCUAAGAGAACCAAUUGACUCCCAAGAAUUUACCGAGACCAUUCUUUACAAAGGCUCUGUUGAAAUGCUGGAGCAGUUAAAUGCCCCAAUCAUGAAGCCAAUGAAUCCGCCAGUCGUCAUCAAAUCUUGUGGGGUACGAAUUCUGGAAAGGUCUUUUGGAGAAGCAUGGCGUGCCACUCGAAGAGUGGUCAUCAGCCCUUCCGCAGCCCAAAGCAUGCCACGAUGUCUUGAAUUCUUCAUGCCAAUGGGUGGUGUCCAGAUCAACCGCGAAGAUCUUUCCCGCCAGGUUCUCCUCAGGUGGUCCGAUACUUGCCAGGAACGAUCAGACAAAACCGAUGGCAACUACAACACCCUCCACUCGUACGUCUAUGAUGAAAACGCACCCAAUCUCGGCUUUAGUAUACAUUUCCGGACUCAACAAGGCGCCGAAGACUUUGAAAAAGCCAUCAUGGGUUUGAGCUUCCAGCCGGAUUUUACAUGGACCCAGACGAGUAGCUCCGGUCGCAUCCACGAUGUAAUCGAUGCCGGGACCGAACACAAACAGUACAAAGCGAUCGUACUGUUUCGGAAUCGAUCAUCAUGGCGUUAUCUCGACGUCUUUUACCUCUACCGGAAUGUCGACUACGCUUAUGAGAGUUCUUCGUCAACGAUCCGAUUCCCCGCUAUUUCCUAUACAGACUACGUAUCCACCCACGUCGAUCAACUUUUCCGUGCCGAACAGCCAGUGGGAUUCUCUCAUUGUGAAAAAAGGACAAAACAGGCUCUCAUUCGCUUUGACUGUGAGCGCGUUUCUUGGUCAUUUCUUUGUGCGCUGUCUCCGCUGUACGAGCUGGUUUUUUCACGACGAAUCCAGUCCUUGACAACGAAGGGAAAAUCUUUCUUUGGCUCCCAGAAAUCAAGCAAAGGUGGCGCAGAGGCUCAACUCUGGCGUCGGGGUAGUGGUUUUCGACUUGCAGCGCGAUGGGAUGAUCAUAUUCCCGACAGAUGGUUCACUAUGUCUCUGCCAUUGGAUCACUCUGACUCGUCAAAAGAGAGCAAUCGCGUCAACUUCCCACGUUCACCUUACACCCGUGGAACUGUCUUGGAUUUGGUGAACAUCAUGGCACGCAACCCCAAAACUACCAAUCUCGGAGGUCGGGAAGGGGCUCUUUCAAUCGUCUUUCAAUCCACUAAAGAAGCUGCAAUUGAUGAUCGAUUUCGGCUCCUGGGGGCCACUUAUGAG